AUGGAUCAAGAUCAAGAAAAACAAGAAAUUAAAGAAGAGACUUCAAAAUUUUCCAAAUUUUGUGAAAAACGAGGAAUUAAUUCGAAAUUGCUCAUGCUGAAGGCUUCCUUGUUCGUCAUGUAUGGAGCCACAUCAUCCCUUCUUCCUUACUUGACGAUUCACAUGCAAAGUAUCGGCCUGACAGUUGAAGAAAUUGCUAUAAUUUAUUUAGCACUACCAUUCACAACAUUUUUGAGUCCACCUAUAACAGGUUUUCUCGUGGACAAGUUUGGCAAAUACAAACCAGUUGUAAUAAUGACUUUAUUAUUAAAUGCUGUUUUCCAUCACUCACUCUUGUUCAUACCACACCAGGAGACUCCUGGGGUUGUUCCUGAUGCUUACAUUAUGAAACAUCCUGAAAAACUUUACAUAGAGGUGUGGUGGUCACCAUGUCCAAGCCGAGAAUGUCCAGAAGAAGAAGUAGUGGAUUUAGUAGUCGACCAGUGUGUAGAACAUUGUUUGCUGUUUGCUUCGGAGGAACCAGAGAACCCCCUUGCAGGUUCUAAGGAUAUACUGGAUCAUGGUGGAAUUGGAAAUGUAUCUGAAAAAGGGCUGUUUCUUGAAAAAGAUUGGAAAAAUGAUAGUUAUGCAGAUAGCUGGAAAGGGGAAAUUGAGGAAAGAGACCAAAGCAAAGCAAAUGGAUCUACAAUCAUCCAGACAUCAACGAGUGAUGCCAGGACAUUUGAGGAUGCCAUGAAUUACAAAACUGCAGAUCAGUCAAAUACAGACGAUGUGAUAUUUUUGAUUCUGGAUAUGCAUUCAAAUCUUGGAGAACCUAUAGAACAUUUGGGGAUAGAAAUCGAACAGGAUGAGAAUGAUACCAGCAUUGAUUAUAAACACAGGUUUGGAGAACAGAUGUUACUGAAACAUGGUGUAAACGUUUCCGAUUUGGAAGAGAAGGAUUUGCGUUGUGGAGGAACAACGAUCUAUUCAAAUAAAUCGAAUAAUCAUCUAUAUACGAUAUUCAAGAACGAAGCUCUGUCUUGUAUUGUUCAGAAGUGUCGAUUCAGGAAAGGUGGUCCAGAAGUCUGUCCACCUGACUAUAAAGAGAGCGAUGACCAGACUUUCUGGGUCUACUUUGCUCUGAGGUUUUUCGGAACUACAAUGUUAUCCGCGGGGGUCACCAUAAUGGACCCCAUAGCUCUCAUGAUGAUUGAGAAGUACGGAGGAGACUUUGGAAGGGAGAGAUUGUUCUCGAGUAUUGGAAUGGCUAUAUUCUCACCAAUCACAGGUUUUCUGAUCGAUCUGAGCUCCAAAAGUCUUGGAUACACUGACUACUCUGCAGCAUUUUACACCUACGACACAUUGCUGGUGAUAUCUGCUAUCACUGUAUUCCUGAUGCCGUUGGGAGAGAAAUUACCAGCAGAUAAUAUUUUCAAGGAUUUCCUGAAUUUGGUGAAGAUGCCUCAUGUUAUACUGUUCAUACUGUUCUUGUUUGUGCUUGGAAACUUUUGGGGAUUCAUUGAGUCAUUCCUGUUUUUGUAUCUGAAGGAACUGGGGGCUCCGAAUUACCUACUAGGUAUAACUGUCACAGUAGGAACUCUAAGCAGUUUGCCAUUCCUGUACGGAGCAGAAAAAAUAACAAAAAUUUUUGGACAUGUCAACUUGAUUGUCAUAGCAUUCUUAUCACAUGCUGUACGACUUGUGGGAUAUUCCUUUAUUGAUGAAGCCUGGUGGUGUUUUCCAUUUGAAGCUCUCGAAGCUUUAUCUUGUCAUUUAAUGUGGGUUGCAGCAGCUACUUAUUGCGCCAUUUUGGCACCCAAAAAUCUAUUGGCCACUUUAAUUGGAGUCCUGGGAAUGGCCCAUUUCAGUUUAGGUAGAGGCAGUGGCAGUUUUGCAGGAGGCUUUCUCAUUGGAACAGUAGGCACGAGGGAGUCCUUCAGAUACAUGGGACUUAUGGCUGUUGCUGGAGGACUUUUAUAUAAAUUGUUACAUGUUGUUUGGUUACGAAAGGUCGAGGAAAAGUUGAAGGCUGCUGAUAAUGAUUGCUUAGACAACGGAGAAAACGAAAAGCUUCAAUCUAUGGAACCAACACACAAGGAUCAAAGCACAAUGGUUUCAGUCGAAAGACUGUCAUUGAUGAUUAAAUAUAAUCAGAUAGGAUCCCUGACAUCAUUACCAAGAGGCUCAAAGAGUGAAUUAGAUUCUUACACUCGAUCCAGAAGGAGCAGCUACAAUCCCGAGUUCACCAAAGGCUCCAAGAGAGGCAACAGUGCAUCCAAAGUGGAUUUAUUAAAAUCAGCUUUAGAAAUCGAUGGGUCGAGAAUGUCCUCAUCGAAUUUAUUAAAUAAAACUAAAUUCCAUUCAGGUGAAAAGUUUGGACAGAACAAUCUUGGAAAAACUGUUCUGGGGAAGAGCAACGCCGCUUCGGCUAUGGUCAUAGGAAAAUUAAAUAAGGAACUGAUGCUGGAGACUCGAGCAGUGAGUGCUCCUAAAUUAAAUCAGAAGAACCAACCGAACCCUGCUCAGCCACCAAGUUUAAGUGUCAUUGAUAUUGAAGACUACAAAUUGCAGCAGAGACCUUCCAUUCCAGAAGAAACUGAUGUUAUUUGACAAUAAACUAUGAUAUAUAUAUAUAUAUAUAUAUAUAUAUAUAUAGUUAUAGUUUAAUUUAAUAAU